AGAUGAGGUGGCUUUUGAAAUUAGGAUUUUGACCUUGGUAGGAUUUGUUAUUUUCCUGCGAGCCGGUGAAUCUAGUCUGCUCAGAUAAAAAUCUAAUAACCGAGUUUUUAUGCAAAACCAUUAUUCCAAGUUAUGGAAGGGUGCGGUGAUUCAUUACCUGAAGGGGAUUCUCACCCAAUUGCUGAUAUUGACUCUCAAAGCUCAAUAUUGAGCUCAAAUCUCUUCUUGGAUGGCGUUGGAGAGGUUGUUGUCACCCUUAAUUCUGACGGCUUGUCUUGGAGAUCAGCUGAAUCUAUGUCUAACGAGGAGGAUCCAUCUCUAUGUUUAGGCUUAAAACUGUUCCGCAAAUGUGGAACCGGAGUGAAAUUUUGUGAUGUAUAUGCUGCUGAAUCUGUUGGUUGGGGAGUGGUACGCAAAUCGUCUCUUCAAAAUGCUGCUCGGUUAUUCUCUGGACAUUCAUUUGAGAUGUUUCGGUUGACUGUACACUAUGCUCAGAAAUCAAGAAACAGCACUAAUGUUUGGGCCCCAUCACGCUAUAGCUUUGGCCAUAAGGACCUGCAGACUUGCCGGAUGUGGGUUAAUCGGAUCAGAGCUUCUUUACGCUUGCAGGGGGGGCGACCUAAAAGUCUUCUGGUUUUUGUUAAUCCAAGGAGUGGGAAAAGAAAUGGAUGUAGAACUUGGGAAGCUGUAGCUCCUAUAUUUUCACUAGCUGAAGUAAAGACAAAGGUCACUAUAACAGAAAGGGCCGGACAAGCUUUUGAUGUAAUGGCCUCCAUCUCAAGUAGGGAGGUUAAUUCAUAUGAUGGUGUAGUCGCUGUUGGUGGUGAUGGUUUCUUUAACGAAAUCCUCAAUGGUCUUCUUUUGUCAAGGCAUAAAGCUUCAUUCCCACCACAUCCAGCAGAAUCUACUCAACCUGUCAAGGAUGGUAGCCAUCUGACAACAGCUCAUGAUGCAGAGACUUCGGAUAAUAUUAAUAAUAAUAACGAAGACUGCUCACCACUUCUCACUCAUUCAGAACUUGAUGGAAGUCAAGGAGCCGCCUGCAAGAGAGAUGGGGAUUCUUUUUUAUUUCCAAAUGAACAUUUCAGGUUUGGGAUAAUUCCUGCAGGAUCCACUGAUGCCAUCGUGAUCUGUACAACAGGUCUCCGGGAUCAUAUGACAUCUGCAUUACAAAUUGUGCUUGGUAAGAGAGUCUGCCUUGAUAUUGCUCAAGUUGUAAGAUGGAAAAAAACAUCCACCUCAAAGGAUGAACCCCCUUGUGUGCGCUAUGCAGCCUCCUUUGCUGGGUAUGGGUUUUAUGGAGAUGUUAUCACAGAAAGUGAAAAAUAUCGUUGGAUGGGGCCUGCACGAUAUGACUUCGCAGGAACUAAAGUGUUCCUUCGACACAGCUCAUAUGAAGCAGAAGUCACAUAUUUGGAAUUCGCUGAUUCAAAGAAAGCAAGCCUGGGUGAAGAUGGAGGUGGACCGGUUAACAGUAGGACCAAAGCAGCACUUCGUGUUGGCUCACGUAAGAAGCCCGAAAGAGCAGUUUGUCGUGUUAACUGUGAUGUUUGUAACUUGAAAGGUAGUGAAACUUCAGAAGGAGGAAUGCGUGAGAGAUCUGAUGGAGAAUCACCUCACUCCUCAAGAAGAUGGUUGAAGUCCAAAGGACAGUUUCUAAGCAUUGGUGGAGCAAUAAUAUCUUGCCGGAAUGAAAGAGCUCCAGAUGGCCUGAUCGCUGAUGCACAUCUCUCAGAUGGUUUCCUACAUCUUAUAUUGAUCAAGGACUGUCCCCAUGCCUCUUAUUUAUGGCAUCUUACCCAGCUAGCGAAGAAAGGCGGGUGUCCUUUGGAUUUUCAAUUUGUUGAACACCACAAGACCACAACUUUUACGUUCACUUCUUUUGGGAAAGAGAGCAUGUGGAACAUAGAUGGCGAGCCAUUUCAAGCCCAUCAACUCUCCGCCCAAGUUUUCCGUGGCCUCAUCACUAUGUUUGCGACUGGCCCUGAAGUGUAGCAGCAUAGCUAAGAAGAGAUGCAUGCCUAUCCGCUCGCCUAAAAUAGGCCUCUGUUGCAUGGACACACAACUCGGAACAUCGCUAUUGCUGUUUUGAUCCCAAGCGAAAAGGCUUCCAUGGAGUUUUUGGGAGGGUUUUCAGGACUUUUUCCAAAGAUGGGCAUCAUCAUAUUUGUGCCUUAAUUAUUAGCAUACUUCUCGGCACUAAUUUACACACUAAUCUUUUGGGAGAGUGACUGCAAUUGGAUUCAUUGUACGGAGUAUAUAUACUUGUUGUAUUGUUUCAAUCUUGAUUUAUACUAAUAAAUAGUUGUAGUUGAGAUAUCAAUGUCUCCACCCGUUACAAAGAUAUCUCAUGUCAAACCUUUUAUUGUUUUUGAAUAGUAAUAACAAUCAUGUGAUACUUGUGGACUUUUGUGUCUUGACGUCUUGGCCGGACCUUUUUUUUAUGACAAUAACAAAGUGC